UUUGUCAUAAGCAUAGAAACGUAACGCACUGGCUGACUGACAAACUGACUUCAAAAACGUGAAAAUCAAAACAAAACAGUCUUACGUAAAUUUGUUUGGUGCAUUUUCCUAAAUUUAUAUACUAAAAUGGCUCUAGUACGCUCCUUUCAGAUGCUCUUUCCCCUGGCAAUGCCAAAAUCAUGCAUGCACACUCUGACUACCGGUAGCAACUUCCUGAACAUGGCUCUUGCGAAAACCGCCUCCGCAACACCUGCCGGUGGCGCUUGGUCUACCCUGUCGGCCAGAACCGUUGUGCGAAAUCAGUUCCCCCGGGCACGGGAAACCAAACGUGUUCGCGUACAUGGUUGGUGGAAACGCCUCUCCACGCCGGAAGGUCGGCGCACUCUGAUGCGGAGGAUCCUCAAGGGGCGUCACGUUUUGUCGCAUUGAUUCCGUUUGUUGAAUAGAGCCUUCCCGUGUAUUAAGUUAA